CUUUAGUUGAAUUUUGAUAUUGCGACAAACUAGAAGUAUUUUUUUUUUUUUUGGUGCACUCUGCACAAGUGAGUAAUUGUUAUAUUGAGAUAGUAUGCUUACGCUCGAUUUAUUUAAUGUUGUAACAAAUGAAAUUAAAAAUAAAUAAAAACAAAUAAAAAAAAUAAAAAUAUAGAGAAACUUACAUUGCAUCGUUCGUAAAAUAAACAUUUGUACGCUCAAACAGAUAGCACAGACAAAAAAUUAUAUUUAUUUCUAAAUUAAAACGUUUUUAAGAAACAAUAAGAAAAAUUGCGGAACAAUUGUAAAAAGUGCAAAUGCAAAAAUAUAAAAAAAUAAUAACAAACCCACAUUAAAACCAAGCAAAAUUUAGUGUAAUAUUCACUCAACUAUCAUUACAACUACUAUAUAAAAUAAAUCCAAAGAUAAUAUACAAAUGAUAAUAGAUUCAAAAUGAGCACAACUACUAAAAAUUGGUUUAUAGUAUUUUGCCUAGUUUUAGGAUUAAUUAGCAAAGCGCAAUGUGUUGCCAAACGGGCAUUAGAAAGUGAAAAUUUAGAGGAUGAUGAUGAAAACUAUGAUUAUAUCGACUAUGACUACACUGGAAAUUAUAAUGACAGUGAAAAUGAUAAUAACGAUAGCCAUGAUUCAAAGUCAGCAAUGACAUCAAUGGGACACGAUCCUCCGUAUUUUGAGCAGACAAAUGUUCACGUAACCGCUGAUCCAAAUAGUGAUGUGAUAUUGAACUGUGACGUGAGAAAUUUUCAUGUGAAUAAUGUUGUGAUUUGGUCUAAAGAUGAAACUGUUUACGCUAAUGGUCAAUAUACUUUAAACAAACGUGUAGAGACUUUAAAAAACAAUUCAAUAUUAUUGAAAAAUAUUAAACCUAACGAUGCCGGCACUUACUAUUGUGAAGUUCUUCCCGAGAAAAUACGCCUGGAGGUAGUGCUAGAUGUUAAUAAAAUGUUAAAUAUUCAAUGUGAUGGUCGUGACGUUAUUGAUCGUAAAAUAGUUUUUCGACAAGGCGAGUCUCAUAUUUGUGAAUGUAAGUCAAGAGGAUCAAGUGAAGCCAACAUUAAAUGGUCGGUUAAUGGCAAUCGUUUCGAUGAAACUCUUGGCGAACUAAUGGAUGGUUCUAUUAUACUUAGCGGUAUAGAGGAUCAUCACAAUGGUAUUUAUCAAUGUCUGGAUGAUGAUGGCAGUGAAAAACCUAAACAUGGCAUGUUUAUUAUUGAAGUGCUUUUCCCACCUAAAGUAACCACACAUCGACACCAUAUUAAUACAGAAAUGGGUGGAAAUGCCGAAUUAUAUUGUGAUUACAAAGGAAAUCCUAUUGCUAUUACCACUUGGCUGAAAAAUAAUCAACCAAUUAAAUAUUCCGAAAAAUACAUGAUUUCCUAUGCAAUGGAAAAACAUUUUAAUCGCAGCACACUUACUGUUAAAGAUGUGACCAUGGAAGAUUUGGGAGAAUAUAUAUGCAGAGCUGAGAAUUCUAUAGGUUCUAAUGAACUUAGAACACACUUAAUGCUCGAACCCGAGAAAGGACAAUUGGAAAAUGUGGUAAUUGAUGGGAAAAAAGUUACAUUGCAUUGGUUGGUACGCAGUCUUCAACCAUUGUCAGAAGCAGUGCUUGACUACAAAAUGUCUGGGUCUUACACAUGGAGUUCGACCACAGUUAUACACACGCAGCGUCAUGAGAAUGGCAUUUGGAAAGUAACCCAUGAAAUGGAGUUAAUAGAGGGUGAAUGGCAAACUCGUAUGAAGACUAAGAACAUUAUGGGUUGGUCGAAAUUUUCCGCACCAUUUAUAUUCAAAAUUGAAGAUGAAGAUGAUUUCAACAAUGAGACCAGCAAUGAAAAGUUGGCAAUGGCUGGAUUUGGAGUUACUAGAAGUUCUUCUACAACUGUUUUUAAUUCAUUACUUCAAAGUAUUUUAAUAUUAACAUUGGGCGUGCAAAUCUACAUGCUUUAGAUUUUAGUUUAAUAAAUAUGUUGUAUAUUGUCAAUUAUUUUUUCCAAAAAUCCUUUAGAGAGGAAUACAGGUGCAAUCCUAUUUAUUAUAUGUAUUAUAGACAAAUUUUAAAUAAUAAAUUAAAU